UAAACAUUCGAUCCAGUCUCUCUUUGUUUGAUCAUUCGUCUACUCAAAUCAAAUCAAAUGCGUCGACAACGGUUAGCCAAGGAGCGAAGAUCAUCAUCAUCAUCCUCAAAUGCUGCGGCGCAAGUGACGGAAGAAGACAUGGAAGAUUUAUUCAGCGACGUCGAAAUACAAAAGAUGAGGGUGUCUCUGCUGGCUUGGUAUGGCCUCAACCGCAGAGACCUUCCUUGGAGAGUGUCAUUGCCGGAGGCCAACGACGAGGACGACGUCGAGAAGAGAGCCUACCGAGUUUGGGUCUCGGAAGUUAUGCUGCAGCAGACCAGGGUUCAGACUGUCGUCGAUUAUUUCAACCGCUGGAUGCUCAAAUGGCCCACUUUGCUCCACCUCUCUACAGCUUCUCUCGAGGAGGUGAAUGAAAUGUGGGCAGGUCUGGGAUACUAUCGAAGAGCGCGCUAUCUUUUAGAGGGAGCAAAGAUGAUUGUCUCGGAGGGAGGUCAAUUUCCUAGAACAGUUUCUUCGCUGCGGAAAGUUCCGGGAGUUGGAGAGUAUACAGCUGGAGCAAUUGCCUCCAUAGCAUUUAAGGAGGCAGUUCCAGUGGUUGACGGAAAUGUUGUUCGGGUUAUCGCUCGACUCAAAGCUAUUUCCGCAAAUCCAAAAGACUCUGCAACCAUCAAGAAGUUUUGGGAACUAGCUGCGCAACUAGUUGAUCCUUCGAAUCCCGGGGACUUCAAUCAGGGUCUCAUGGAGCUUGGUGCAACUAUAUGCACUCCACUUAGUCCAACUUGUUCUUCAUGCCCUGUGUCCGAUCAGUGUCGCGCAGUCUCAAUCUCAAGACGUGAUAGAUCGGUCCUUGUCACGGAUUAUCCGAGUAAAGGAAUGAAGAUGAAACAAAGACACGAUUUUUCUGCCGUAUGCGUUCUGGAGGUAUUAAAAGGUGAAGAAGAUAUGUCAGACAGUGAAUUCCUUCUUGUAAAGAGGCCCGAUGAAGGUUUGCUCGCCGGACUUUGGGAAUUCCCGUCUGUCUUGUUGGAUGGAGAAGCUGACGUGGACAACAGGAGGGAAGCGAUGAAUCGAUAUCUGAAAGCCCAUUUCCAAAUUGAGACCAGAAAGGCGGGUAAAGUCAUGUUGAGGGAAUAUGUGGGAGAAUUCGUCCAUGUUUUCAGUCACAUUCGUCUCAGGAUAUAUGUGGAAUACAUGGUGUUACAUCUCAAAGGUGGUAUGAAAAUGAAGGGUGCAUUUAGAAAGCGGGACACAGAAACUCCGCCUUGGAAAUAUGUGGGCAAUGAUGUCAUCUCAAGCAUGGGAUUAACAUCAAGUGUCAGAAAGGUGUACACCAUGGUUGAGAAAUUUAAGCAGCAAAAGAUUGCCUCCUCUAAUCCUCCUGUUCCAUCCAGAAAAAGAAACCCAAGAUCUAAUAAAAAAGGAACUACGACUACAAACUAGAAAAUCUCACAGGGUUAUAUAUGCCUAAAAAUGAUUGUAAAAUUUUGAUUGGCCGUUCAACGAGUACACAUUGCUAGUGUCAUUAGAACAA